UGUAAUUAAAUAAACUGCAUCACCAAUCUAAUAGAAUAUAAUAUUUAUCCCUCUUCCUUGUUGCCAGCUCCUCGCUUUUGUGCUCCACAAGAUGCCAACUCCUGCUCUUGCGAUCAAGUUUGUAGGCUUUUACUUCUUUUAAUUGACUAUACCAAGGCUUUUUUCCAUGAGAAGUCGAGUGACUCGAAUUCUUCAUAUGCAUCAAAUAAUUGAUGAAAAAUGUAGCCAUUUUUCCUGUUAAUUUCAGGUUAAGUCUCCUAGGAUGGCAACUCCAUAGCAAAGCAUCUAUAAAUGUUGAGCACUUCUUAAUCUCCCUUUUAAAAUCGACAUUUAAGACACCAACUUGUGGGAUAUCAACUCUGUGGUCCAAUUGCAAAUCUUUCACGUUGAUCUCACCGCAUUGGUAAAAAUAAAGGGAGACUUGAGACCAAGAGGUCAAAUUGGAUAGAAACUUCCUCAACUUACAAAACCAUGCAGCAUCUAUAUUGUCGUAGCAUCGAAGAAGAAUGAUUUUUGAGUGCUCCAAUUGGCUUGACUCUCGUGCAAUUUUGAGUUCAGGAAUUUGAUCCCCCAUAUACUCAAGCGAUACCAAAUUUGGAGCCUCAAUCCUCCCUGUGCACCAACAAUGCUGAAACUUCAAGACCUUCAGUGAUUGACAUCUAGAAAUAAGGUUGUAAAAUGAUGGAUCAUAUAUAUACAUAUGUGAUAGUUCUAAAGAUUUCAGAUUCUGACAUUCAACAAUAUUCAAUUCUUCCAAUGGAUAACCAGAAUAAGACAAGUGUUCAAGAGUUGGUGCUUGGAUCUUAAUAUGCUGGUUAAUAUUGUUCCAAAUGGAAACGGACUUGAUCUUUUGAAGAUUUAGCAGCUCAAUCUUUAUCAAAUCCAUACAAUCCUUUAGGGUGAAAGAUUCUAUCAAUGGACAGCUAUUAAGUAGAGUCUGAAGCAUGUCUUCGUCUAAAUAUACCUUAAUUAGAGAAAGCUUUCUCAAAGAAGGACAGUUCACCACACCGCUAGAUAAUGAGGCGCAUGUCAGAUCACAAUUGGUCAGAACCAAUUCUUUUAAAGAUUUUGCUGCCAAGAUUGUGAAAAUAGGUAAUGGGAGGUUGCGGAUUCUAAACACCAAAUAUUUUACACCAUUCUGAAGUGCAACGUCAAGCCACCUAUAAAACAGAGGGACAAUUCUAGAAGGACAGCUGUAGUAAGACUUUGAUAAUUCAAACUUCUCUAUAGGGAUAUUCUCGUCCCUAUAUCUCUCCAUGAUAUUAUCCACCAGAUCCAUAUUGACUUCGUAAAAAUCAGAUGUAAAUUUCAAGUUGGGAAGAGUCGACCACGCUUGUAGCCAUGUUUUGGAAAGAAUGCUCGUCUUGGUUGCUUCGUCAUACCUAAGAAAACCAAGUAUCUCCUGAAUGAGACAUUCGGGCAAUAUAUCAACUGUUUUUACCCCUCUUUCUGCCAUUAGCUUCCUUUGAAGGUAUCUCUAGCCUUUGAUUUCCGUAAAGCACCAAAAAAAAAAAAAAAAAAAAAAGAGGCAUAUAUAACAGGUAAAUGUAAUUUUAUCCCAUAUUUAUUAGCAAUACUAUUUUUUUUAAAAAAAGAACCAAUUCUCUUAGGACUUGUUUUGAAAGCCACAUUAGAAUUGGAUUUGCGUGUAAUUGGAUGCAAUUACAAAGUUUGACUUCCUAUUUAGUACUCCCUCCGUUUCGAAAUAAGUGAAUUGUUGGGGUAUUUAUUAGUGUUUCAAAAUAAGUGAUCAUUGAAUUUUUUUUCAAAUUUGUCCUUAUAAUUUGACAACCAAUUAACUUUUGAAAAGAUAUUACAAGGUUAACUUUUUCUUUUUUUUGGGUAAAAAUGGAAAGUUGUGUUAAAUUUAUGUCUUUAAUUCUUUUUCAAUAAUAUGUGUGCCAAAAUCCAACAAUUCAUUUAUUAUGAAACGGGGAGUAAUAAAUAGGAAUAAUAAUUUACUCAAAUUAUGAUUUUUACCUUAAUGAGUAGUUUUUAUAGCCAUAAAUAUUAUGGAAUAUUUAGGCGGUUAAUAUCAAUACUGCUAUUCUUAACACAUAUUUUCUAAUUUCUUUGUUUUUUUCUCGUAAUACAUAUAAUUGUAUAUUUGUAUCCCAUUUGAAUCAGGAUUAAAUUGUAUUAUCUCUCAUAAUACAUAUAAUUGUAUAUUUGUAUCCCAUUUGAACGAGGAUUAAAUUGUAUUAGCUCUCGUAAUACAUAUGAUUGUAUAUUUUUAUCCCAUUUGAAUCAGGAUUAAAUUGUAUUAGCUUUCAUAAUACAUAUAAUUGUAUAUUUGUAUACAAUUUGAAUCAGGAUUAAAUUGUAUUACUAAAAACCUAAUAGCAGACACUGAUAUCCAAUGGUUUGCCACUCAAAAAUCCCCAGUUUGCCUGAAGAUAUUGUCUACUCCAUCCUCUUAGACCUUCCUGUGAAAUCUCUUUUACGGUUCAAACUUACCUGCAAAUCAUGGUGUUGGAUGAUCGAUGACCCCGGCUUCAUCAAGUCGCAUCUACGUAAAUCAUCUGCAGAUAUCAGUCAUCGAAAAAAUCUCUUUUAUGAGAAUGUUGAAGGAGAGUUAUCCCGUCAUUAUUCGAUUAAAGUCCUAUCAACGGAAGCAUCGAUUAAUGCUGAUUCCAAAGUUGUGUCGCUGGACCAGCUCAAUGUCCCGGUAUUUUGUGGAAAGGUUAGCCGUUCAGAAGUGAGUUCAUGCAGUGGCUUGGUUUUUAUUAGCCAUCCUGAGGAUAGUUUGAUAUUAUGGAAUCCUGUCGGUCGAAAAUGCAAACGGAUUACAGAGCCUAAUCUGUUGCAAAAGAGUUCAAUAUUAUGGCCAAGAUUUGUUCUUGCUUAUGAUUUUGUGUCCGAGGAUUACAAGGUCUUAUGUGUACAUGUGUUUACUACGAAUACAACGGAUCAACAUUAUAUUUUUGAAAUAUACUCGGUUAAAAAUCAAUAUUGGAGAACAAUUGACAAUACUUGUCCCAUUCCCACUGAUUUUUCGCUGCACUUAAAUUGCAAUAUCAUUUCAUUAAACGGUUCCAUUCACAUUAUGGCAAGCAACGAGGAGGAAUCUGAACACAUGGUUAUGUCUUUCCACCUAGCAGAUGAAACAUUUGUUGUAAUCCCAGCGCCAAGUAAAUGUGGGGAACUUUCGAUAUUACAUACUUUUGGUGAUCACGUCUGUGUUAUGGGGACUGUUGGCCAGGAAACUUUGAUUUGGUCACUCGAGAAAGAUGGGAAAACUUGGAAUAACAUCAGGAAGUUUCCUGCUUUCCCCACACGGAUUGGAAAGCCUCAGUACUCAGGUAAUGUCAUAUGCGUUACGGAGUAUGGGAAUACAGGUGACCUCAUAUGUGUUAAGGAGAACGGGAACAUAUUAUGGAGCAAGGAUGGAUGUCGAUUUAUUGAGUACGAUGUGCAGAAAAAUAAAUACACUAGAGUUAUCGUGGGAGAACUUCCACCGUCAGUGGUAACAGGACCUCUGUAUGUUGAAAGUUUAGUUUCUUUGAAGAUUCCGUGGGAUUAAUUAGAAAUUUCAAGUUUACUUUUCUUCGGUCUUAUAGUUAAGGUAGCAAUUUCUUGUAUUAUUGCAUUUUAAUCUUCAUCUAUUAUGUAAUAGUUGCUUUGCUUCCCAACUUACAACUUCUUGUUGCGUUACUGUUUAGUACAAGUAAGACAAACAACAAUAAUAUAUCCAUUGUAGUCGGCACUGCAGGUAGAGGCAAACAUUAUAUUGCCAAAUGUUGAUGGCAAUACGGUUAUAUCUUUGUACCUAGCAGAUGAAAAUUUUAUCAUAAUGCCAGUAACAAGUAAUUUUGGAAAUUGUGGGAUUUAUUGUCUGUGUUUUUGCUUUUUGACUUUCGUAAACAAAUGUCGAUUUGGUCGCUGAUAAGGAUGAGAAAACUGGCGUAUUGGCCUGGAAUCUCAUCAUUAAGACUAGAAGAAAUUCCAGCAGAUACAAAUUUAUCGCGUUCGUAUGUGGAAAGUUUAGUUUCGUUCAAGAUUCCGUGGGAUUAACAAGUUGCAAUGAUGAUCUUCUUCAACCUUAGCUUCCGUGGGAUUAAACUUCAAAUCCUGAAUCUGUUGAUGUUUUUGUCCUCCUUAUCAUAUUGGACGAAACUCAACGCCUUCAAUCAUGAGACCACAUUUAGCAUGAAAAGGUCUCGAAUCUAACAAUCUUGCUUCAACAUCACCAUUAUCAUCACCUGAUUCACCAUUGUAAAACUUUCCAAUUUCUACUUCCAACCAUCCAUCUGUUCUUUUUUCUGGUAACCUUCCUUUUAAGUUCCUCGGCAUUCUUGCUGCUAGUAUGACAGUAGUAGCUCGGUCAACAGCCUCGUAUUCACUCUCUUGAUUAACAAAUCUAACUCUUGCUUUUGUUGAUUCAAGGCCAUGGUACCUCUCUGAUACUUUGAACACUAAAUAAGCUGCAUAAUUUGUUCUG